AAAAAACUCAAAAUGAGUCUAAAGUUUUUACGUAGUGUAAACAACAAAUUGGAGAAUUUUUACUGCUCAUAGCUAGGGAAUAAAAAUCUGUAACUAAAAAUUAAACUUAAGCAUUUCCCAUCUCUAUUCCCGUAGUUUGUUUUUUUGGAUCGGUGAAUCGGAAACUCGAUCCCGUCUCCGAUUUGUAUGUGAUCGGACGAUCAGAUUUGGUGAGAUCAUGCAAAGACGGAGUCCACCGAAACAUAGACACGAUGGAGCAUCGCCACUUCCACUGGGAAUGGAUUGGAGCCCUCCACCGCGUAAUUGGAAUGGUAGAGAUACAAUUUGGCCUCAUGAUUUUCGAACUGGAUGGAGUUAUUGUGUCACUAUACCAUCGUGGACACUUCUUUCAAAAUCGAAAAAUUCAGAUCCUAUAGUGUUUUACAGGGUUCAGGUAAGUGUGCAAUCUCCAGAAGGUGUUAGCACAAUGCGAGGAAUUCUGAGGAGAUUUAAUGAUUUUGUAAAGCUUUUAGCUGAUCUCAAAAGAGCAUUUCCUAGGAAAAGUUUUCCAUCAGCUCCUCCUAAAGGAUUUUUGCGUGUCAAAAGUAGAGAUAUGUUAGAAGAGAGAAGGUGCUCUCUGGAGGAUUGGAUGACGAAGUUGUUAUCUGAUAUAGAAUUGGCAAGAAGUGUUGUAGUUGCAUCCUUCCUCGAACUAGAAGCUACUGCUAGGUCUGCAUGCCAAGUUGUAGAUCAGAAUGCUUCCGAUUCCAAUGAUGAUGGAAAUAGCACAAGCUUGUCGUCUCUAGUUCACCCAAAUUCUGGUGGCAGUUCUUUGCUCUCAUCUGACUAUGGCAGCGAUACUGCUUAUGAAACAUCUGAGCUCGGAUCAGCAAGUUUAGGUCAGGAUGAUGUUUCUGAAACUGAUACUGGAGAUCUAACUUUGGAUGAAGAUCUGACAAAUCCAACAGAGAAGCUUGUAAAGUUUAGCAUGUCCAACAUUGACGAGGGACUGAGUAUGAGUCAAACUAUUAUCGAGCAGCUAGAAGAUUUUCCUAAGCACAGAGUCCAUUUAGGAUAUGCCAAUGAUAUCACAGAGACGAAUUCGUACAAUGGAAAAGCUUCUAAAGGUGUAUUUCGAGCAAACAACGACUUACGGUGUCGCUCUGAAUCAGAAACUAGUCACUCAGUGAUGCAUGAUCGAAAGCUUUCUCUUGAGAGCGCUGACGGGGUUUCGUUACUAGCCGGUGAGACAUCAACCUCUAGUAUCUUGAGCUCCAUUGUACAUAGCCAGCUGGAUGUUAAUCAUGAUAUAUCUGUUGGUAACCUGGAGAUACCGGGUAAUGGACGAAUAGUUCUCCCGCUGAAAAUGCAUAGUAAAUUAAAUAGGAUUCUAUUAACUAUGAAUGAGAGACUUCUCAAUUCAAAAACAGACAUGGAGGAUCUUAUAGCGAGACUAAAUCAAGAGACAGCGGUGAAGGAAUAUCUGAACAGAAAGGUUGAUGAUCUGGAAGUGGAACUUGAAACUACUAAACAGAGAAACAAAGAGAAUUUGGAGCAAGCUUUGAUGACCGAGAGACAGAGUGUUACCAAGAUGCAGUGGGAUAUGGAAGAACUCAGGCAAAAAACUUUUGAGAUGGAACUGAAGUUAAAGUCAAAAGAGGAUGGGAGUUCAGAUUCUAAGACGUCAGGAAACUCAACAAUCUCUGAGAGCCAUGAGCUGUUACAAGAAAUGGAUGCCACAAAACAGCAACUGGAAGAUCUUUCUAGACGGUAUGUUGAACUGGAGGCAAAAUCAAAGGCAGACAUAAAAGUGCUUGUCAGAGAGGUCAAAUCCCUGAGACGUUCACAUAUGGAAAUGGAAAAGGAACUGACUCGAUCGCUGACAGAGAAGUCUGACACUGAGAAACUCCUCCAACAGGAAAGGAUAAUAGUCGAGAACACGCUAGAAGCAAGAAGAAGGCUGUAUAGUGACUGUGAAAUUCUCCACGACAGGCUUAAAGUGAACAACACAAACUUGUCAAUGGAUGAGUCCAGUAACAACAGAGAAGACUUAUCUGAAGUAUCAAAUGCCUUGCAAGAUCAGAUUGAGGUAAGCUAUUGGUGCAUCUCCUUUAAUAUCUGUAGCAAGAAAAAUCGUAUUCAAAUGUUUACAUUCGAUAACCAUGGCUCAAAAUCGCCAAGCUGGAUUCCUCGUUUUAAAUUUGAAAGUGGCAUAUUUUCAGGCGCAACUGCUGUUAGGGUUUGAUGAGACUGCUUCUGAGGAUGAGCUGAGGAAGAUAAUGGCAGAUAUGUAUGAGGACUGAGGAGAAUAUCAAAUUGAGAAAACAUUUGAAUUCCGCAAUGCAGGUUAAGAGCUCUGUGAAAGAGGAAAACGAAAAACGCAGAAGGUGAAGAGCUUAUAGAAUAGAUAUACCAUGUACAGAGAAAAGUAGAGCAGAAAGUUGGUUAGUGACGUAAAUCCCUUAUUUUGAAUAUGCGAGUCAGAUUCUUCUUUAUGUAAUUAAUUGAUGUAUAUGCACACACAUGUCUACAUCAGAUCACCUAAUCCAUUGUAAAAUUCGAAACCAUCAGUGUCAUUGUUUCUUGUUCACCAAAAACAACUACC